AAAGAAAGUUUCAUGGAAAUCAACACUCUAAUAAAAAUGAAGAAAAUACGGAAGCGCAAAGUACAAGUGCGAGAAAACUCUCUAACAAUGACGAAGAAAAUUAUCAUUACAGUCCGCUUCUAGGCUAUCGAUUUAUCGAGUUUUUUACUGUGUUUACAGCAUUGUCAGAGAUUUUGAUAUGUCGUGAUUGUAAAUUACCUGUGAAAUUUGAAGAAAGUGCUAACAGAGGUUUAGGUUUUAAAAUCGUCGUGAUAUGCAAGUGUGGCCUCAAAAACAUUUCUUCUGGACCAUUAAUCAAUAAUGGAUUUGAAAUAAAUCGCAGAAUAGUGUUAGUCAUGCGUCUUUUAGGUGUUGCUAGAGAGGGAAUCAACUUAUUUUGUAAUAUGAUGGACAUUUGUAAUGGUAUAUCUGAAAGUACAUACAAUGCUAUCAUCUUGCUGUUACACACCACUACACAGUCGUUAUUUCAAGCAUCUUGUGUAAAAGCUGUCGGCGAAGAAAAACGUGAGAACGAAAAGCAUGAGCGGCCAAUCUUAAAUUUAAAAGUUUCUGGGGACGGUACAUGGAAAAAGCGGGGUUUUAAAUCAAUGUAUGGGGUCACAACCCUUAUUGGAUAUUACUGUGGUAAAGUAAUUGAUUUAGCCGUUAAAAGUAGUUUCUGCGCAGGUUGUGCUCGUUGGAAAAAUAAAACUAACACUGAAAAAUAUCGUGAGUGGUUCGAAGAACAUGAACCAAACUGCCAAGAAAACCAUAAAGGAUCUUCUGGUGCUAUGGAAGUCGAAGCUAUAAAGGAAAUGUUUUCACGAUCUGAAGAAUUAUUUGGUGUCAAAUACGGAAACUACAUAGGAGAUGGAGAUUCAAAAACCUUUAAAGGAAUUCUUGAUUUGAAUCCGUAUGGCGACGAAUUUCAAGUUGUGAAAAGUGAAUGCAUCGGCCAUGUUCAGAAAAGGAUGGGUACUCGUCUCCGAAAAACUAAAACAGACAAUCAUCUGGGCGGAAGAGGUAAAUUGACGGAAGCAUUAAUUAAAAAAUUAUCGUUAUAUUACGGAUUGGCCAUUCGAAGAAACGUUAAUAGUGUGAAAGACAUGAAAGAUGCGAUCAUGGCUACUUACUAUCACAUGUGCUCUACAGAUGAUAAACCAAGUCACGAGUACUGUCCAUCUGGUUCCGAUAGCUGGUGCAAGUGGCGCAAAGCUGAAUCUUUAGGACAAAAUCCCAAAAAAAUUGAACAUCCAACUCCAUUACAUCCUGAUGUUCAAUUUCAUAUUAAGCCAAUUUUUGAAGAUUUAUCUCGGGAUGACUUGCUUGAAAGAUGUUUAGGAGGCCACACUCAAAAUGCAAAUGAAAGCUAUAAUUCUACUGUCUGGCGCCUCUGUCCAAAACAUCUCAACUCUGGACGGAAGAUCGUAGAGAUUAGUGCUUUCAUAUCUGCAGGAUUGUUUAAUAAUGGAUUAAACUUUAUCUUGCAACUAAUGAACUCAAUGGAAAUUGUUAUUGGCCGCCAAUCCAUCUCAUAUAAAGAAAAAAUCGAUGAGCAAAGAGUGAAUCGAGAAAAUCGCCGCAGCUCUUUGACCACCAAACAAGCUCGUCAAGCAUGUCUGCAGGAACUUGCUAAGAAAAACGAGUUCCUUGAACAUACCGAAGGACUUCUAUAUGGCCCUGGAAUCGCCGAUUAA